GUCGCCAGUUUUUGACUUGGUUAAACUCCGAUCUAACGUCCUCCCCCUUUUUCUUCCGUCCUUCCGUCGUUGCAGCUAAACUAUGGGUCUCCUCGACAUUGUCCCUGCCGGCGUCCUCACGGGCGAGAACGUUCGCAAGGUGUUUGACUAUGCCAAACAGAACAAGUUCGCGAUCCCGGCCAUCAACGUGACCUCGUCGUCGACGGCUAACGCCUGCCUUGAGGCUGCUCGUGACAACAAGGCGCCCAUCAUCCUCCAGGUCUCCCAGGGUGGAAGUGCCUACUUCGCUGGCAAGGGCCUCGCCAAUGACAAGCAGCAGGCCUCUGUCACCGGUGCAAUCGCCGCUGCCCACCACAUCCGCACCGUCUCGAAGGCAUAUGGCGUCCCCGUCAUCCUCCACAGCGACCACUGCGCCGAGAAGCUUCUCCCCUGGUUCGACGGCAUGCUCGCCGCCGAUGAGGAGUACUACAAGGUGCACGGCGAGCCGCUCUUCUCGUCGCACAUGCUCGAUCUCUCGGAGGAGCCCAAGGACCAGAACAUCGCGACGUGCGUCAAGUACUUCAAGCGCAUGGCGCCGCUCGGCAUCUGGCUCGAGAUGGAGAUCGGUAUCACAGGAGGCGAGGAGGACGGCGUCGACAACACGGGCGUCGACAAUGCGUCGUUGUACACGCAGCCCGAGGACAUUUACGACGUGUACAAGGCGCUCAGCGCCAUCGGCCCCAACUUCAGCAUCGCCGCUGCGUUCGGCAAUGUGCAUGGUGUGUACAAGCCCGGAAAUGUCCGUCUGCAGCCCGAGCUGCUCGGCAAGCACCAGAAGUACACGAGCGAGAAGAUCGGCGGUAAGGUCGCGCAGCCUCUGUACCUCGUCUUCCACGGUGGCUCCGGCUCGACCAAGGAGGAGAUCAAGACUGCUGUCUCUCACGGUGUUGUCAAGAUGAACGUCGACACCGACACCCAGUUCGCGUACCUUCAGGGUAUCAGGGACUUCGUCCUCAACAAGAAGGACUACCUUAUGACGCAGGUCGGCAACCCCGAGGGCGCCGACAAGCCCAACAAGAAGCAUUACGACCCGCGCGUCUGGGUCCGCGAGGGUGAGAAGACCCUGACGGUUCGCGUCAAGGAGGCGUGCACGGACUUGGGCGACAUCAACCGCCUGUGAUUGGAGAUGUCGGGGCUGUACAUGUGUUUGUAGUCGAGGAACAUGCAAAAAUGUGUAUGAUAGGGGAUCGUCGCUCGUCGCUUUUAGAAUGAUAUUUGUUUCUUCAUUAUCAGACCUUCUCAAUAGAGCUCGGUAACCCAGUGUAACUCGAUAACGUGCCGAUGCAUCUGUC